CUCGAUAUCGCGGAUCAAAAGUUACUCACCUUGUACUCCUCGACGGCUUCGUCCCAGGUCCGGACGAGCGCAGAAUCAUCCCAUAUUUCCUCUUGCGUUAGCGGUUUCGUCGCAUUUUUCUUUUUCCCCAUGGCUCUGAAUUUGUCGUUGUUAUUGAAAUCUAUGGAGUAUCUUUGGUAGAGCGGAGGCGGAGCUAAGACAGGAGCUCACCGCUUAGCGCUGUUUCGUCGGGGCAGAAAAGAAAAAAAAAGGGCAAAAAAAGAAGAAAAAAAAAAGUCCGCAUCUGCUACUUUCCACGAACGAACCAGCUUGCAAUUUACGCUGAAUACGUAAAAAGCAAGAAAAAUGGCACCGGACAAGAAAGUCACCAAGAGAAAGGCUGCGGCCGCCGGCGCCAGCGACUCUCCCGCGAAAAAGACCAAGAAAGUCGAGCCUCAACCCAGCGAAGAGACCAAGUCUGAUGCUGCGCCUAAGACCAAUGGCGAGAAGGAGCAGCAGCAGCCGAAGAGACAGAUCAAGCCUCGCAAGCGCGCCGCUGAUUUCCUGAGUAGCGAUGAGGAGGAUGAGCCUGAGGUGAAGGAAGCUGAGCCGGAGAAGAAGAAGCCUACCAACAAGAAGACUAAGAAGGAGGAGAAAGAGGAUGCUCCUGCUAAGAAGGAAGCUCCCAAGGCUGAGAAGGCUAGCACAAAAUCCAAGGCUAAGAAACAGCCUACUCCUGAGGAAUCUGAGGAGGAAGAGGCCAAUGCUCCUGCUUCUGAGGGUAGUGAUGAUGAGGGCGAGGAUGACCAGACGACUGCUCUUAUCCGUGGUUUCGAGAGUAGCGGCGACGAAGACGCAUCUGAUGAUGAAGGAUUCGAUCCCAAACAGCCCGUCCCUAACAUCCCCGACUCGAAGAAGGCGAAGCGCAAGAUCUUGAAGAAGCAGAAGAAGGCUGCCGAGGAAGGUGAAAACCAGGCUCCCGGUACCGUUUAUAUUGGACGCAUUCCCCACGGUUUCUACGAGUACCAGAUGCGCGCCUACUUCUCGCAAUUCGGCGAGAUCACCCGUCUGCGUCUCUCCCGCAACCGUAUCACCGGUCGCUCUAAGCACUACGCUUUCGUUGAAUUCGCCUCGUCCGCCGUCGCCAGAAUCGCCGCAGAGACCAUGGAUAACUACCUAAUGUUCGGCCACAUCCUGAAGUGCAAAUACAUCCCCUCCGAACAGCUGCACCCCGACAUCUGGAAGGGCGCCAACCGCCGCUUCAAGAGGACCCCGUGGAACAAGAUCGAGAAGAAGCGUUUGGACAAGGGCAAGACUCGUGAGCAGUGGACGGACCGCAUCGAGAAGGAGCAGAAUAAACGUCUCGCCAAGGCUGAGAAACUCAAGGCUGUCGGAUACGAGGUCGAGCUCCCUGAGCUGAUGGAUGUGGACGAGGUUCCGGUUCAGGAGGAGCCCAAGGCGAUUGAGGACUCGAAGCCUGCUGAGGAGCCCGUGAAAGCCAUUGAGGAACCUGUGAAGGCCAUUGAGGAACCCAAGGAGACCGAGUCCAAGAAGGAGAAUGAUACCCAGAAGAAGUCCAAGAAGGAGGAUCCCAAGAAGGCUGAGGAAGUGAAGGAGUCGAAGAAGGCCGAACCUGCUGCCGCUAAGACCGGAGCGAAGGCGAAGAAGGCCGACAAGAAGAAGACCAAGGCCAAGGCGUAAAAUUCUGCUGUAUAUUCUGUAAUUAUGGCAUAGGGUAUCAAAAGGAGCAAUUGUAUUCAUCUUAAUGCUUAGACUGGUAGUCCUGUACCUCUGUGCUCUGAUAUUGCUCCUACAAGCAUUGGGUAAUAUGAUUGGCCGUUUCCUAAACAGAUCACGUGGCUAAAAAUCCCAAAAAAGCUAGCGUGCUCCACCCGACCUUAGCCGAAUAAAAAAGGC